AUGAUAUGUCUCGGUGAUGAAGGAGUGUCUUCAUCUCAAGCUGCCAGUGAGUCAGCGUCAGGAUUUGUUUUUGGUCAGAAUUUAGCAGACAGAGUAGUCCAUUCAGAUGCAGGUUCGCCCCCUCCUGACACGGAAACAAACGGGAAGGAGGCGGAGUCAUGUCCCUCAGAUUCCGGAGGCCAGACACUGGAGGAAUCAGCACGAGAGUACCAGGCCAAGCAUGGAGUUAAACCAGAUCUUAAAGAAGUGGAGAUAGUAACUGGGGAGGAGGAUGAAUCUAAUGUACUGCAGGCAAAUUGUAAAUUAUUUUUAUUUGAUGGAGAAAAACAGAAUUGGAAUGAAAGAGGCCGAGGUGUAUUAAAACUUAAUGAUAUGUCUCCAUCAAAUCCUGCUGAGCAGUUUCAUUCUCGUUUAAUAAUGCGCACACAAGGUAGUUUGCGACUCAUACUCAACACCAAAAUCUGGUCAGGCAUGAUGGUGGAGAGAGCUAGUUCCAAGAGUUUACGCAUCACAGCAACAGAUGGGGACGAUGGCGUCAAAGUCUUCUUGGUCACAGCUGCCCCAAAAGACAGUGAAAAUAUUUUGCGAGCGAUUGAUUGGAGAGUCCAACGACUGAAGAUGUGGGAGGAGAAGGAGAGAUCACGUGGUGAUGACCGAGUAAGCGAGAAGAGGAAGGCCGAUUCUACAGAUGCACAAGAUUCACCUUUGAAACGACAAAAGAAGCCAACAGCCCCACACCAAGCAGAGGGAGGAGCCCCCACCAACCUGAGACGUGAAGAGUCUGACAGCAGUGUACAGGACCCAGAAACAGAAGUACGAUCUGAAUCUGACUGAGUUACCAUGGCAGCAGUCUCAUCAAGUUACCGUGGCAACAGACCAGCUCACUUCAAGGUGUAAAACUUGAUAUGCUAAUUGAUGUGGAAACCAAUGAUGGAUGAAACAGACAUCAAUUUAACAUUGUAACAGAUUGCUGUCUUCCUGUUGCCACACGUGUGACACUGAAGCGUGUCAAUUGGCUGCCAUGGUUACAUCGUUGUCAACAUGUUUACUGUCACGUCACAUCAGUGUUCAUUGAGAAGAUACACCACUGACUUCUAUUGUUCAAGGACGAUUGUUUGAAAUGGUUCUUCUGACAGCAUUGCCAUAAAAACCUGUAGAUAUGACAAGUGUCUUGUGCAAUGUUAGCAAAGAAUCUCUGACUUGUGUACGAAGUAUUUUUGUAGGCGAGCUCUACUCCGGUCAUGCUUAUAUAUCAAUACACUAACUUGCGUGUUCAGAGAUACCCAUGGUAACAGUGCUGGUAAUUUUCUUUAACAGAAAUGGAGACUUGCAUCAACAUUUGCUGUAACUUUGUACGGAUAAAAUGUUUUCCUUGUGUAAA